UGCUGCUCUCAGAGGCGACCGUUGAUUGAUAGCAGUAAAUUUACGAAGAACCUAGGUUGUAAAGUUGAACUAUUACAAGACUACAUGAAAAUGAUCCUGAUUAGCUUAAUGAUUCUGCUAAAUCUUGCCAGAAUGUCGGAAUGUAACAACAUUUUAUACAGCAACGUGCUUCGUGUUGCUUCUAGCCAAUGGGGUACGGCUGUGCACUCAAGUAACAAUACAAGAGUUGAUUUUACUUUUGAAAUGUUGCCUUUUGAUACGACACUGACUCUAAACCCACAAUUCACAGCACCGGAACUCUGGUUUUACCUGAGAACGUCUUACUUGCAUAGUACGUAUACUGCAAUGGUGGGGGUAAGCAAAAAUGGACAUAACACACAUGUAGAAUUUGCAAAAUUUAGAACCCGUAACUUCUGGCUCGGAACUCGCGCUGACCUUAGAACUCACAUCUAUCAUAAUGUGACUGACUCCGAAGUUAUCCGUGACCCGCCCUGCACAGCCUCAUUUGGAAUGUCAAAUAUACAUUUUGCGGAAGGACAUGUUCCGGCUUGUGCUUUUGACUUUUCACCAGCGACAAUUUCAUAUCUCAUGAUGGGCUGCCACGACAUGGAGUUAAGACAUGCGGGAGGAAAUGAGACACACUAUACGGGUUUUACGUUAACCAGACUAGCAGAUCAUCAUGGUUAUCCCUCUAGCUUUUCAUCAUCUUUAAGGAACGUUCGGCCUUGCCGCUAGGUACUUCAGAUGGACAAGCUGGGUUGUACUAUUAAUGUUGCCUCAAAAACUUUUGGAGAUCAAGCGCAGAUUUAAAAACUACAAUUGCAAUUUGUAAUCACCCAGCCCACUUUCAUCAAAUAAUUUAAGCAGAACGAAAAAAAAAAACAGAAAAAAAACAUUUUGUCUUUAUCUGAAACGGAAUUUAAAUAAUAAAAUGCAUAACUUUCACUAUCUGGAAAAAAAUAUCGCUUUUAAUUUUAUUGUUGAUCUCCAAAUAAAAAUUAUUCUAAUAUUUGAA